AUGUCCGCCGGAACAGCUCCAAGCGUCUCUCCACAGAAUGCGAAGAAGAGACGUGGCAAGGGAGAGGCCGCUGCCGUAGCUGCUCCCGUGUCUGUUGCUGCCUCCAACACUGACGCGCCCAGUGUCUCCGGUGAAGGAGCUGCGGCCAACGGACAGCACGAACCCAGCUUUCUCAAGGAGCUCCAGAAAAAUCUUCGAAACACCACCAAGAAGCUGAACGCAACCGCCAAAGUCGACGCCAUCAUUGCUGAAAACCCUGGCAAGACCCUCGAAGAGCUCGUAGCUCUCAAGAAGAUCAAUGCGGACCAGAAAGCCCAGGCGCUCAAGAAACCUGCUCUCCAGGAGUCCAUUGCUCACAUCGAAGAGCAGAUUGCUCAAUACAAACAACUCGAAGCAUACUAUGAAGAGCAACAUGCCAAAGAAAAGGCAAAGCUCGAGGCUCAGCAUAAAGAAGAACUCGAAUCACUUAAGAAGAACCUUGUCACUGAGUCGGAACAGAACGAUGAGAAACGAUUCAAGGAACGGUUGCUGGUGCUCAGCCGUUUCCUCCGUGCAGCUGCUAAUAAGAGGGGUGUUGCUGAUGAACAUUCCGUCGAGGCUCGUGGGUUUGAGGGCUCCUUGUACCAGGUCUACGGUGGAACAGAGCAGGCAGUCGAGGCUAUGAUCAAGUUGAUCGACGGUACAGACGACAAAGUCCCCAGCGUUGAGUCCGAGAUUCUCGACAUCACAUACGCACAAAUCAAACGCAUCUCUCUGGAAGAUUCCUCUCAAUCCACUGGUGAAGCUGUCUGGACGGAGGAACAAGCCGCUGCUGCUUCUACUAACGUACUCCAAACCGAUCCAACAGUCGCCAAUGCCGGCCUGACUGAAGUACAAGACCCAUCUAUCUCGCAAGUCGCAGCUACAAACGGCUCACAGUCUACUGCUGCACUACUUGCCGAAGAACCAGCCCCUGUCCAAGCAACUACAGAGAACGUUGCGGCUAAUGAACUUGCGCAAUCUGUGUCAACAGCUGGAUGGGACCCGAACCCCAUGUCCACUUCUACCGUCACGGAGGAAUGGGUUAGCGUCCAAGUUCCUGGAACUGGCACAGCGGCUGAAGCUUCUGUCGCUGCUGAAGCUGCUUCUCGCCCACCGCUCCAGCCUACCGAUAACUGGAAGGAAGAAGUUCCUGCUUCAGCUACUACCUUGCCUAAUCCCGCCAAACAAGUUGACGGUUUCGAACGAGUCCACCAUCCUCGUGGACGCGGUAGAGGACACCGCGGUCGUGGCCAAGGCCAGCGCGGCGGCGGAGAGCACCGUGGACGCGGCGGCUUUAACCGUGGCGGAGGCGAGUUCCGCGGCCGCGGACGUGGCCGUGGUGGUGAACACCGAGGAAGCGGAAAUGGCAACGGGCAUCGUGGACGGCCUGCCCAAGCUCCUGCUGCCGCUGGUGAUGCCUAG